UCCGGGGACGGUCUCAUACCCGAAGCCUAAGGCUACACGGUAUGCAGACGGGAUGAAGAUGGAGGACGGAGCUCGACGGGGGUGGGCGGCAUGGUGUUGGCUCCGGCGACGGACCGGGGGCCCACCUGGAGGAUCGUCACGUUGAAGACGAGGACGGAGCUGAGGACGCAGAGGGCGGCAUGGUGUUUGCUGCGGCGCCGGACCUCGACGGUGUGAGGACGUCCCCAUACCGUGUAGCCUAAUAUUGGUCACUGGAGAUAGUCUGACUAUCAAGUACUCAUCCAUAAAUUCAAAGGAAAAAAAGAACAGCGGUGCCACACACAAUGAUGGAUACGCGCGAAGCAAGACGUGGUAGCGACGCGUAGGUGUACAGAGCAUCUGCCAUUGUUGAUGGCUGAAAGCAGCGUCUGCAAAGACUCUGACAACCGGCAACACCCAAUUUUGUUUGUUGACCAUCCACCGUGACAUUUUACUUUUGGUGCUAACAUGUUCGCCCAACAGCCCUAGGUAUUGCGACUCAAUUUUCAGCUUAUAUAUUCAGUUUUAUUUAUCAUAUCUGUUCAUAAGGAUUGAGCUCUGUCGCUGGUUCUUCGCUUCAAUUCACCAGUCAAAGAGUUUGACCUCUUCUGCACGGACGGAGGCCUAAUGGAUGCAGAACCAUUUAGGUGUAGAAGAACCGAUGGGAAGAAGUGGAGGUGUCGGUUACCUGUGCUUCCUGAUCACAAGUACUGUGAACGUCAUGUACACAGAGGCCGCAUAUGUUCAAGAAAGUCUGUGGAAGAAGUUGUUGAUAAAACCUUUUUAAACUCAAAGAUAAAGUCACCCUCAACGACCCCCAUUUCAUCUCUGAAAACCGCUCAUAAUCUUCAAUCCUAUGCAAAGACCAAUGAUACCAAAGUUAGCAUCGAGAAUCAAAGCUUGAAAACCGAGAAACAUAGCAAUGAUCUAGGUUGUGGGGCCUCAAGCAACGAUCAUAAUAUUGGUCAAUCUGAAAGAUGCAGAAGAACAGAUGGCAAGAGAUGGCGGUGCAAAAAAGACGUGCUUCCUAAUCAGAAGUAUUGCGAACGACAUGUACACAGAGGCCGUAUAUGUUCAAGAAAGCCUGUGGAAGUUGUUGAUAAAACCUUUUUAGAGUCAAAGUCAACCGCAAUGACCUCCAUCUCGUUUCCGAAAACCACUCCUAAUCUCCAAUCCCAUGCAAAGACCAAUGAAACCAAAGUUAGUAUUAAGAAUCAAAGCUUGAAAAUCAAGAAACAUAGCAUGGAAACUGCUUGCAAUGGUAAUGAUCUAGGUUGCGGGGCCUCAAGCAACGAUCAUAAAAUUGGUCAAUCUGAAAGAUGUAGAAGAACAGAUGGCAAGAAAUGGCGGUGCAAAAAAGACGUGCUCCCGGGGCUGCAAUACUGUGUGCGACAUUUACACAGAGGGGUUAUGAAGGUCGAGAACGGUCAAAGUUCAAACCCCUCUUUAUCGUUUCCGGUAGGGGCAAGGUAUCAACAAAUGGGUGGUAAUGGAAAUCAAUCAAAUGACUCUAGAAGUAGCAGUGAGGCCACCACUAUCUCUAUGUAACCCUUGAUUGAAGAAACCGGGCUUGUUUUCGUUUCAACUUUCUAAGUGUGUGGCUAGUCCUUGUUUUAGGGUCUGUUGGGUCCUUUUGGUCUUUUGGUAAUUAGCUAGUUAAGUUCAUUAGAUGACUGUAUGUGGUUCCGUCGGGUCUUGAACCGUGAACUUGACUGUUAGUAAGUGGUUAAAAAAGUUUUUGAACUGAAUGGGAGCAGUCUAACCUUUGUGUUGAA